AUGGCGUCGGAAGAGGAGGGCAUUAUCGCGCGCAAGAGGCGCAAGCUUGGCCCUCCUAAAGCUGCUCCAUACAUAUUCAAAUCGCUCUUCGACCAGGUACCUGUCAAAGCCGACGAUGCGGAGGAGGAAGUACAUAUCACCUGCGUGGAGUACUGGAAUGACAAUCUGUAUAUUGGAACUUCCGCAGCGGAGAUCCUGCAUUUCGUCUGCCUUCCACCUGACCCCUCCGACUCGAACGAACCGUCCUUCAUCCUAGCCUCAAGACUACCAAUCCCUUUCUCUCAAGGCUCUUCGCUUCCGAAUCAGUCGGGUGUCCAAAAGAUUCUUAUUCUACCUACCGCGAACAAGGCUUGCGUCCUCUGCAAUGGAACAGCUACCUUCUAUAUGCUACCGGAGCUUAGCCCGGCCUUUGGCGGCAGUACACAGGUCAAAAACUGCCGCUGGGUUGGGGGCUUGGACUUGAAUAUGGGGCAGGAUGAACCUGAAAAUCCAGUCAUCAUGAUCUCAACGACUAGUCGCCUCAUGUUGGUCAAGAUUGGUGACGCACCUCGCUUGGUCAGAGGGAUCGAAUUCCCAAACUGCCUGACUACGUCGCGAAGGGGAAUCAUAUCCUGUGUCGCAGACGGGCGGAACUACUCUUUACUCGAUGUGGAGCAUCAGCAAAAGAUUCCUCUAUUCCCAAUAUCCUUUGCCGAUGAAAUGCAAGACUCUGGUCAAGUAGAGGAUAUGCCAGCUUCGUCUGCUCCCAAAUCACCACUCUCAACAUCAAGCUCGCCCCCUCCUGGGAGUCCCGGCCAUGGGCGAAGUUCCAGUCUUAACACGCUGGGCGGGAUGUUGCAGCCCACAAUUCCCCCACGGUCCUCUUCGAAAGAUCGGUCAAGAUCCUUGACGCCGGAGCACCCGGAGGCCGGGACGCCGAGAAGAUCAGUAUCAAGGGAACGUAGCAGGCAAUCUUCACCAUUGGCCUCGCCAAGGGUAUCUUCUGAACUGCCCCCACGCGAGCCGCAACUCGCUGCCCCAGAUGAACGGAAACCUCUGCCACCCCUGCCAAAUCAGCGGUUUACCCAGCUGACACCUCAUAUUCUUUCUCCGACGUCUUCGGAGUUUCUACUAGUAAGAGGCUCCGAAGAGUCGGAGCCCGGCGUUGGAAUGUUUGUCAACGUAGAUGGUGAUGUGGUCCGCGGCACGAUUACAUUUCACAGAUAUCCCAGAUCAAUUAUCAUCGACAAGGGCGAGGAAACUAAUAUGAUUCCAUCUGCGGAAAACACAAAAGACGAACAUGUCAUCGCAGUCAUAGAAUCCGACGAAGACGGCCAGAUGCGGAGAUUUUUGGAGGUGCAGCCAUGGGAUGUUGAUCCAGCUGAAGCGGAGGACCACAAAAGCUGGGUAGAAAUACCCUUAAUGGAAGACGAGCAGACAAAGCAUGUCGGAAUCAAUCACACCCUCAGUCCCACUCAAUUGGAGAUUCAAGGCUUAGGAAAGCUAUUACGCAUGGUCCGUAUGAAAACCCCGACUUUGGGCGUAUACGCACCAUCAGCGGAUCCAAGAACCCAGGCGUCAAUUGAGCAGCUGCAGAAAGAAAAGGAGCUGUUUGAGUCUCAGGAACUGGCAGAAUCUAGCGAAACGAAGAAAGCUACAGACUGGGAAGCCGACCGAAACGCCGAAGAGGCCAAGAUCGCGCAAGAGAUGGGCAAAACACAAAGUAGCCUUGUCAUGUGGGCAGGGAACCAGAUCUGGCGCAUCGUGAGAAAUCCAUUGACCACACAACUUGACGAUGUUCUGCAGACGUCCCAAGCGGCUUUUACCAGUGGACAUACCCUUGAUAGAAACGCUGUUUGGCACAUAAUCGAGAUGGUUCAACAAACGGAACCCAGGUCUGAAGCAGAGUUUCUCGGGCUGAAUUUCCUGAAGCAGAAGGCCAGUCUCCUUCUUCUGGGCGAUCUGCUUUUUAUGGACCCAAAGGCUAGGAAUGGCCAAGUGAUCGAUACGACAGAGAAAGCACUCAUCGUCGGGGACCUGGAUCCACGUAUAGCUAUGAUCCUGAUUCCUCUUCUACGUACUGAAACUCUACAAAGCCCUCAAGGAAUAUGGAUCCAUGCAGGGUUGGCGGAAACGGCGGAGGCUUACUGGCGACAAGCCGACGAAGCAGGCAAGGCACUCACAGGAUUCUUUGAUGCUGGAAUUCUGGACAUGAUGAAGAGAUUCCUGAUCUCGUGGCAGCAGAAGCGUGGAUACGGCAGUAUAUCAGACGAAACAUAUGUUUUUGACAGUGUGGAUGCAGCUCUCCUCCGUCUUGUGCUUUCGCAGUGUAACAGCGUGACAGCGGAACAGGUUGCGUCUCUGGGACUUCGUACAGAACUCAACAGACUUGUCGAUCACUGGAAGGGCAACUUUGACCAUGCAGUUUCACUUCUGGAGAGCUAUCAUCGACUUUAUGCGCUGAGCCGCCUGUACCAAAGCCGGAAGAUGUCUGGGAAUGUCCUGAAGACGUGGCGGCGGAUCAUUGAAGGUGAAACAGAUGCAGGUGGUGAAAUAAGUCCCGCCGGCGUCGAGGUUCAGAUGCGGCGGUACUUGGUGAAGAUCAAGGAUGUACAACUCGUCGAGGAAUAUGGCUCGUGGCUUGCUCAGCGGAAUCCCAAGCUAGGUAUUCAAGUGUUUGCGGACAACUCAAGCCGCGUGAUACUUGACCCAUCAGAUGCCGUGGCUCUGCUCAAAGAACGCGCACCAAACGCUGUUCAGGAAUAUCUGGAGCACCUGGUGUUCUCAAAGAAUUACACACAAUACGCCGACGGCCUUCUUCAAUACUAUCUCGACACCGUAAUAUCCGUACUCGAAACUUCUCCCGAAGCUCGUGCAUCUCUUUCCGAAUCCUAUUCUACCUACCGUGCCCUCCGCCCACCGAAACCUACCUAUAUGAACUUUAUCACGGAGAAUUUACCAUCAAGUCCGUGGUGGCAGUCGCGGAUGCGUCUUCUUCAGCUGCUCGGAGGAGGCAACACCACCCAAUUCACAUCCGCCCCCACACCGAGCCUCAACUAUUCCAUCCCGGCUGUUCUCGCUCGCAUCGAGCCCUUCCAAAACGAGCUGGUUUCCGAAUCUAUUAUCUUAGACGGACUACAGGGUCGGCACCGGGAGGCCCUUCGUCUUCUCACCCAUGGACUAGGUGACUAUGACGCCGCUACUCGGUACUGUUUAUUCGGCGGUCCUCGAAGCACGAGCUCCACUGGCGCUCCUCUAGAAUUCGCCGAGAAAUCCCGCCAAUCUGAAUUAUUCCGGUAUUUACUGGAUGAAUUCUUACAGGUACGUGACUUGUCUGAGCGGAUCGAACGCACGAGUGAUCUCCUGGGGCGAUUCGCCGCAUGGUUCGACGUCCGUGAAGUCCUCAACAUCAUCCCAGAUGACUGGAGCGUGGAUAUCCUUAACGGUUUCUUGGCACAUGUGUUCCGUGUACUGAUAUCGGAAUCCCGAGAGGUGAGAAUCGAGCGGGCACUCUCGGCAGGCCAGAACCUGCGAGUAGCCUCGGAGUAUAUAUCCGGAAUGGAGAAGAUUGGGGGCUGGGUUGAAGAUGAGGAGGGAUUGAAGCAAUUGCGGGGAGGCCACGGGCAAAUCAGCGCCGGGCGGGAGACGGACAGUGAUUUCGGGGAAAUGGUCGAGGCAGGGACUAAUCAGUCCUGA